AUUUUACAAAUUUUCCCAUGUUUUCAUGCAGAUGUUUGAGAGAGAUCCCACUCGCAGGCUAGGGGUUGUGGGUAACAUUCGUUUGCACCCCUUCUUCGCGGUCAUAAACUGGCAGGCUCUGGAGAGAAGAGAGGUGGAGCCUCCCUUCAAACCUAAAGUGAAAGCGCCCAAUGAUUGCAGCAACUUUGACCACGAGUUCCUCAGCGAGAAACCUCGUCUCUCCUACAGCGACAAGAACUUCAUCGACUCCAUGGAUCAGUCGGCGUUUGCUGGCUUCUCAUUCAUCAACCCAAAGAUGGAGCACCUAUUAGAAAAGUAACCGCUGUUCUGACAGACUGGGCUCACUUCUCCGAUGUCCACUGGACAGUUCACUUAUUCUGUCACUGAUAAAUGAGCUGAUCCACCUCCAGUACUUGUGUGACCUUAUUUUAAGCACAGACUAUUCCCGUCGGGUACGUUUAGAAAUUUUACCUGUAGAAAUACGCCCUUGUACUGUACAAAUUGAUUUAAUUGUUUUAUGAGCAUGCUGUAUAUUCCUUUAGGCUGUCGAGGCCAGUAUGAAUAAUAAUAAUAAUAA